AUGUCUCGUCCACCUGUCCCUGUUCAGGAACAGAAACGCCAACGCCGAUUGGUGGACAACCCAAAUGAGGUUCAUGUUCUGAUGAUAAACACCGGAGGGACUAUGACCAUGGAUUUCCAAGAUAAUGUACUUGUGCCACAACCAAAUGCCCUUGUCAAAAUCCUUAAAAAAAUGACAAUGCUGCAUGAUGAAGAAUAUGCUCAAAAUUCCAAACUUUACGACUAUUAUGGCUCACCAGAAAACACUUUUGUUCUUCCUUUAUCAAAGACAGAUAAAAGGAUUGUAUAUACUGUGUUGGAACAUAUGCCUCAGCUGGACUCUUGUAACAUGACCACAGAGAAUUGGUCUAAAAUUGUGAAUGAUAUAGAGCAAAACUACCAACAGUACAUUGGCUUUGUGAUUCUUCAUGGCACAGACACAAUGGCUUACACAGCUUCAGCCCUUUCAUUCAUGUGUGAAAACCAAGGAAAGCCCAUCAUCUUGACUACCUCUCAGAUUCCCAUCCAUCAGAUGAGAAAUGAUGCCUUUGAUAAUUUGCUUGGGGCAUUGUUGCUUGCCGGAUCAUAUAUAAUACCAGAGGUUGGUCUGUAUUUUCAAGGCAAAUUAUUCAGAGGAAAUCGGGUGAAAAAGGUUAAUGCAAGGAUUCUUACUGCAUUUGCUUCACCUAACAUGCAUCCACUUGUUGAAGUUGAAUUGGACAUUACUGUCCACUGGGACUCCGUUUGGAGAACAAAGACGACAAAGAAAUUUAGGGUACAAACCAAUAUGAAUCAGAAUGUGGGAUUGUUAAGGUUAUUCCCAGGAAUCACGACUGUAACGGUAAAAGCAUUUCUACAACCACCGAUGGAAGGAAUUGUGUUAGAGACUUAUGGAAUGGGGAAUGCUCCAAAUAAUCGCCCAGAUUUAUUGGACGAGUUUAAGAAAGGCAUUGAUCGUGGAAUGUUGAUAAUAAACUGUAGUCAGUGUUUGCAAGGCUCAGUUCAACAAUCUUAUGCAACAGGAAAGUCUCUUACUGACCUCGGCAUCAUUCCAGGACAUGACAUGACGCCUGAAGCUGCAUUGGCCAAAUUGUCCUAUGUGCUGGGCAAGACUGAACUGACCAUAGGGGAGAAGAAAAGGAUGCUGUAUGAAAAUCUGAGAGGAGAAAUGAGCACAACACUUGGGAGUGAAAAGAUCUCUCUUCAAGACAAUCAAUUUAUUCAAGCUAUUGCCAAGUCUCUCAAUGUCAGCUGCAAAGAGGAACUGGAGAAUAUCCGAGAUGUUUUAACUCCUUCCUUGGCUUGUGCAGCUGCAAAGUCCGGUGAUAUCAAUACAUUGCAGGAGAUACUGAAAAUGGGUGGAAAUUUGUCCGGUGAGGAUUAUGAUGGACGAACCCCAUUACAUGUGGCAACUCAUGAAGGACACUAUGAAGUUGUAUUAUACUUGCUGAAACGUGGAGCCACUAUUUAUUCAAAAGAUCAGAAUGGUAAUACUCCACUGAAGAAUGCAGUGAAACGCAGGCAUAUGAAUAUCAUCAAGUUAUUGCGACAGACUGGUGCUCAUUUCUCAAAAGAGGAGAUUAUCAAUGUGGGCACCAAAUUGUGCAGCCUGGCUGCAUAUGGUGACAUGGAAGGAUUGAAGGCUUGGCACCUUGCAGGGCUCGACAUGGACCACUGUAGCUACGAUGGACAAACUCCACUGAACGUUGCUUUGGCUGCUGGUAAUCAGGAGGUUGUUGAAUUUCUUCAGUCAACACUCAAACAAAACAAGAAGGCUUAG